ACGUAUUGGUACGUAUGUAGUUGUCAUUCUCCCUCUUCCCCAAGUCCGGACUUUACCCGUCAUAUAUAUAUCAUCUAUUAUUUAUCACAAUUAUCUUUUUACGCUAUCUCGAGCGAAUUAGAGCAAUUACGAGACAAGAGUCUCUGGGAGCGGCAGUAUAACUUUGAAUUUCUACGAAGCAUGAAGAAUUUCUACAAAUGCAUCUAAAUUCUGCUAGAUGCUGUUUACAUUACGUUUCGCGAGCGCUGCAUGCCACAUCGUAUAACCUUUAAAAUAACGCGUGACAUCUAUUUCAUUUCACCCUCUUUCGUUCGCUCCUACAGAAGUUUCUCCGAUUUUAUAAAGCGGUAACAAUGGCAGGGUGUUACGACAAAUUAUCUUGGACAGAGGUACGAGAUUUAUUGAGAACUUGGAGAGAAGAUUCCGAACGACGAAGUAAAGAUGUAGUAGAUUUUUGGGAAAAUACAUUAAUAGGAAAGAUUGAUCGUUUAGGCAAUGAAAAAUAUCUGGUUCUGGAACAAGUGUGUGUAGCUGCGUUGGAUUGUUAUCGCCUGCCACUUGCCGAAUAUUGCAUUAAAAUUCUAAUGCGUGCAUUUCCUGGUAGCUUGCGUGUUCACAAAUAUCAUGCUAUGCAUUUGGAAGCAUUAGAAAUGUAUGAUGAAGCAAUGGAAGUUUUGGAUUCUAUCAUAAAGAGAGACGAGACUAAUGCAGCACCAAGAAAACGUCGUGUCGCUAUUUUGAAAGCUCGAGGACGUAUUCCAGAGGCAAUCAAGGAACUUACAGAAUAUCUGAAAAGAUUUAUGAGCGAUCAAGAAGCAUGGCACGAGUUAUGUGACCUAUAUUUGCAAGAACAAGAGUAUUCUAAAGCAGCCUAUUGCAUGGAAGAACUUAUAUUGCAUAAUCCACACAGCCAUUUAAUUUACCAAAGAUAUGCGGAAAUAAAAUAUUCUCAGGGCGGAUUUGAUAACAUGGAGUUAGCAAAAGCAUAUUUUUGCCAAGCAGCUAAAUUAAAUCCAAAUAAUAUUAGAGCUCUAUAUGGCUUGUUAUUAACAACAAACAAUAUUGCAACAUCACCUAAAUGCCCUGCAUCUAAGAAGAAGGAAGCAAUAAAACUGAGCGAAUGGGCUAGUAAACAAAUUGAGAAACAAUAUGAAAGUAAAGUUUCAAAUGAAGAUGUUAAGAAUGUAGAACGUUUACUAGGACAAUUGCAACUUGAAGCUUAGGUAUUGUUAUCUUUGACAAAUUGUAUAUUUAUUUUAAUUUUGUAACAAAAGUAAAUAGCAUAUGUUUAAACACAUUGCAUAUAACUAUUUCCAAAGAAUCUAUCGAGCACGAGAAAUUUUAGAUAACUCUAUGCAGUUAAAAAAAAAUAAAAAUUUGAUCAUGAUUGAUAUAAUCAAACAGUAUUAUCUUUUAUUCUGUUUCAAUUAUGUAAUGUAAUUAAUAUGUUCUGGGUAUAAAUUUUGUCAAUGUAAAAUACAUAUGUUGAUAUUAGUAAUCAGUCAAUUAAUAGGUUUCAAAUUAGCUGCACUACAUACGUAACUAUCUUCUAAAUAUAUAUAUAUCUCUGUGUUUUAUUAUAUAUAUUUUAAGUAAAUAUGUAAGUUAUUAUUGUAGUAUCGGUCUCUCGGCUCUCUCUGUUGUCUAAUAAUAUCAUUGUUGAUUUUCAUGUCCUAUUAAGUAUUGGUUAUAUCCACAAAUAAAUGCAAUAAAAAUAAAAAUGUGUUGAUGGA